AUGGCCCCACUACCGCCACCACCGGUUGCACGGGAACGGCCACACUACCCACGGCGGGCCCACGCCGGGCUGUACUUCCAUUCAUCGCCACCCAAGGUGCUCCAAAUGACCAAUCAGCUAGCGGCGAAGGAUAACGAUUACAGGAGCCGAGACGGGAUAGUGAUCAAACCGUCGAACAUUCGGAUAUGGCUGCACCACAAGCAGAUGUACAAGCUGGCGAAGGUGCUGUGGGCCGGCCAGGGAAUGCGUCUGCGAACGGAGACAUCCCACCAUCCGAAGAUGAAGCGAUUCCUAGAGUGUGUCCCGCACGUCAUGGGUGUCAUUAAGGACAUUCAUCAGGCCGUCAUCGAGAACGAUCUGGACACGCUGAAGGAGAAGACGGCACCGCCGGCCCCACGUGUCAUACUGACGAGCAAGGACGCACACGGGUUGACACCGCUCCACAAGGCAGCCGGACUGGCCCACACGCAGAUCGUCGAGUACAUACUGUCCGUGUGGCCGAGCCUUUCGUCCGACGAGGACCACGCUGGGCGGACACCGCUGCACUGGGCCGCCAGUGCGAAGAAUAACGCGCGCAGCUUCAAUCUGCUGGUGCAGGCGGGCGCCGACGAGACCGCACUGGAUGACCGCCACAAACCGGCCGAGUACUACAAGAACAAGGCCGGCGACAUCGACCGGUCGCUGCUGUCGGUCAUCCCGGAAGCGCCCCGAAUUUCACAGCAAGGAUUUCCUUCCUGCUUCGACUGGGCCAUGUUCACGCUGGACGAUGAUGAGGUAGCUCACGGUGGCUCACAGACGCGAAUGAAACCAUUUCUUUCGCAGAAUAAUCUGCUGGACGCCGGUCCAACAGAUACGGGGCUGGCCGGAGAUUGCUUGUCGGCGAACGUCGUCAAAUCGAAAUCCGUACAGAACCUUACCAACGGCGUACUCACCGAUCUCGACGCCCAACCGGAACUCCCAGCCGGCGGGGACAAAGAAAAACCGCGGAACGGCGAUGGUCAAAACGAUACACUCAGCGAUAAUGGCAUGGACCAGACAGCAGCAAACGAUAAUCAGCAGACGGAGACCGCAGCCGAACCAGACGAACAAGAGGCAGCCGACGAGGACGGGACAGUAGUGGAGCCAGUAGUGCAAAGCAAUCAGGAAGAUGUCGGCCGGUCGGCCGGGAUCGUACCAAGCACUAGCGUUAACGGUGACGGUGGUCAGGAUGACACCGCCGGGGAAACCAUUUCCUCCGAUACCUUGGGGUCAGUGGAUAGGAAUGAGGAUCUAGAAUUGCCGGUUGCUGUUGCAACGGAUGUUGAUUCAGAGCGACCAGCGAGUGGUCGUCAAUCGGCCGGCAUCGAACCGAAUGGCAACAGCCGUGAACCAUCCGCCGGUGCAGUUUCACCGCACAGUUCCGGUGGCUCCGGUGACGAACCAGAAGAUGAGCUGCUGAAGGAACCGGCAAAGCCGGAGCCGGAUAGGAAUGGGUCUCCCGAGGGUGCUGAAGAAGCCGAAGUAUCACGGGACAGCUUGGAGCACGAAGCACCCACCGCUCCGAAAGACGAAGAAAUCGAACAGGACAGUUUGGGGAAGGAUGGCGAAGGAGAUGGCGAGCCACCUGCCAUCAGUGGAGCGACCAAAGAGUCUGCGUCGGGUUCGCAAUCGAGGGUCACCUCCGGGAAAAGUAUCAGAUCGACGUCGAAAGGCGAUCAGGAAGAGGACGGGCGAACCAGUAGACAAUCGUCGGCCACCGCUGAUCAAGGGGACACCCGGGAGGACGACUCCCGUUCUUCGGGUCACCGCACCCGACCCGGUUCGGUGAAGGAAUCGGCGCUCUCCGACGGUUCACGCACAUCGACCGGUGCUGAUUCCCGGGCAGUUUCCUCGCGGACCGUGGUUCGUGGUUCGUCCGGCAAGUCGGUCGCCACCCGACGAUCGUCGAUUGUGUCGCACAAAUCGAGCCACACCGGAACCGGAUCCAUUGACCCAUCGGAUCAGGCUGAGGACUCGGAAGGAAACGAUGAUUCCAGCAGUACCGAUGUGCAGAUCGUUAGCUACCGCACGGGAGCCGAGAACGGCGGAAUGGUCGAACCGGCUCAAAGCUCCGAUGGCGGGCAAGUGAUGGAACAGGAAUCGCAGGAGUCGGAACCGGACACCAAGCCGAUGCCCGAGGACGUGCCAAGUCAGGUGCUGGAGAUCGAGGGCACGGUGCAGGGCGAACCGGACAACGGGCAGCUGCAGUCUACCAACCAUCGGCUGGUGCGCGAAGAGCUCGAGGAACGGUUGAAUGAAGAACAGUCGGUCCAGGAUGCAAUCGACUCGGCCGACUUGGAGAAGCUGGCCGCGAUCGUACUGAAUGGCAAGGGAAAGUCUCUGAUUGGCCGAUCGGCAGACCAACCGGAGAUUCUGGCGUUUCUACAAAAUGUACCGGCCUACAUGGGCAAAAUAAGGCGCGUCCAUCUAGCGGCACGCGAGGGCAGUCUGCGUGAUCUACAGUCGGCCCUGGAUCGGCGUAAAUUCGCCACGGCAAAGGACGAGAUAUCGCCGCACGGUGCAACGCCCCUGCACGUGGCAACGGUUUUCGGGCACGCAGGGAUCGUGCGUUACUUGGCGGGACGGUUUCCGGAAACGCUCAGCGCAACCGACGACGAUGGCCGAACGCCGCUGCACUAUGCCGCCACGCUGAAGGACAACGGUCACUUCUACAACCUGCUGACCCAUCUGGGGGCCAACGCAAAGGUGGAAGAUAAUCUCAACCAUUCGGCCGAGUACUAUCUGGGUCACGUGCAGUCCCAGGGCAUCCUUUCCCACCGGCAGCUGUUGCGCGACUAUGGUGCCAAGGAAGAGCUGGCCGAGGAGAUGCUGAACGAUCAAGUGCCGGACGAUCUGCACAGCGCACGGCGUCCGCUGGACGACGCCGAUACGCUGACCACGCUCGAGCGCUGCUACAAGAUCAUCCACGAGCCGACCGACGAUCUGUUGGUCCGGUCGGUCGGGCUGCCGAGCAACAGUGUGCCGGGCAGUGCUUCCUCGCUGCGGGUCCUCAUCACCUCGUACCUGGCGCGCUUCCUCAAGCGCAGCGUGUUCGAUCGGAUCAAGAAGCGGCAGACGCGCCUCGACCACAACCUGUUCGACGUGAUCUGGCCGGCGAUGAAGAAGGCAACGAAGGAGAAGCGCCUGGACGAGGAUCUGAACGUGGGGAUCGUGAUGCCCGACUACGACGCUUUCGUGGUGUUCCAGGAGUUUCUGGUGCCGCUCAUCAAGGACGUGCACUGCAUGGAGGUAACGCAGCCGUUCAUGCCGCACCCGCCGAUGCAGUACUUCCCGCGGUACGCCGUUAACGACCAGCAGCUGUCGGCGCCGCAGCACCCGGAGCAGCCGGCCGGAGGGGAAUCGUCCACGAAGAAUGGGAACAUCCUGCGGGAGAAUCCGGACAGCGUGCGGCUCAACCUGGACACCUCGGGCAAGUACAUCACGGGCUGCGUCGUCGAGUGUGGCCGGAACUUGGACGCGCACGAGUUUCCGCUCAAUCUCGGCAUUGCCCAGCUGGAGCAGGUCGAGCGACUCGUUACGGCCAAGGUGCUGUCGACGGAAUUUGUCCAGGUAACGGGCGAGUCAGAACUCGGCACGUACUACAGCAUGAACGAGGUGCUCGAGAACCCGUCGGAGGUGCGCACGGUACUGGCGGCCAGCGGGCUUCUGGUGCCGCUGCUCGACCAUACCGAUCCACAUCAAACCGCCGAAUCGAUCGCCAUCAAUGGCCGGUACUGGCCGUACGGGCGCGGUGUGUACGUCAGUCAGGCGGGCGAUCUGGUGGUGUGGGUCAACGUGCAGGAUCACUUGCGGCUCAUGUGCUGCACCGAGAGCAAAAACCCGGCGGCCAUCGGUACCGCCUACUCGAAGGUCGGCCGCGCCAUGAAGUUCCUCGACGAGCGGAUCCCGUUCAAGCACAGCUACUUCCUCGGCUACCUCGUAUCGCGGCCGUCCUUCCUCGGGACGGGCCUCAAGCUCACGCUGAACCUAGCGCUGACGCACCUGCGCAAGGAGCGCGAAAAUUUGCGGCACCUGUGCGUGGUCCGCGGUCUGCACCUGCUCACGGACGAUGGCUCGGUGCGGGCGUGCAACAUGCGCUGCCUGGCGCAGACCGAGUGGCAGCUCUUCCAGGACUUUGCCGGCGCCGUCACCAACAUCGUGGCGCUCGAGAAGGAGCUGUCGAUGUCGAACUCUCUGCACAUCGCCGCCACCCUGUUGCGCAUCUUUCAGUUGGGUGAGCAACAGGUGGAAAUACCAUUGUUUCGCACCGAGGAAGGUCGCUAUUUGGCCACCUCUUUAGGCGAUCCUCUCAUCAAGGGGCUGACGGAAGUGGCCAACAAACGGCCACCGGAUCCCAUCACGUAUCUGGCCAACUAUUUGUACAACUUCGUCAACCAUAAAACCAAACCGCAGGACCACAAGAAGUCGCUGGGUAACGAUUCGAACAACAACUGCAUCGAGGGGCAAGUGAAACAGGAACCGGCCGAACAGGACCUGGACAGUUCGGCCCAGCAAGUCGGCGCAGGGCCGGAGGCGGGUCCACCGCCGAGGGAACCAUCUCCGCCGCCACCGGUUGCCAUGGAGCCAACGGUGCGGGACGAAAAUGCGCCGUCUCCUGAGGAAUCGGACGUAAACCAGCCACCGGCAGACGAUCGGGAUGAACAUGGUCAGAGUAUACUCCAUUUCGCGUGUGCUCGAUCGCACGGUCGCAAUGCUUUGAUUCAGCUGAUCGAGGAGUCUGGUGUCAACAUUACAUACCGGGACGAGCUGUACCGAACUGCGAGGGAUGUGGCCCUGCAAGCCACCCAACCGGAGAAUGCCCGCGAAAUCGAUCGAUACAUUAUAGGAGUGGCCGCCAAAGGUGAUUUGGAGGCACUGAAUGGAAUGCUGCUGGAGGGAUAUGAUCAUAUUGUGGACGUCGUUGCACCGGAUGGAACAACCAUACAGGAGGUGGCCAGCACCCGUGGACACCAGGAUGUGGUGCGCUUCCUGGAAACAGCCCGAACGUUCGAGGAAAAUCGUGAAAACCUCCUCAGCGCCAUCCGGGAGAAGAGGUUCGAGGCGGUGGUAAAACUUACCAAAUCACCCGAUGGGCCUAAGCUUGUGCGAGCGAAGAACUACUACGGUCGAUGCUCACUCCAUAUAGCAAUAUUGAUGGAAAACGAGGAUAUUGUCGACUAUUUGGCAUCCAACUUCAGCGCAGUUCUCAAGAUUGGUGAUAAUUUGCAGCGAACUCCUUUGCACUACGCGAUGGGCGUCCGCAACGUGGAAGCUAUAAGCCGUAUUUUGAUCAAAAAUGGAGCCAAACGCGUCCUGAAAGAUUUGAAGGGCCGUCAGCCAACCUACUACUUCAUGAACAAGGCGGAUAUUUACCGUUUGCAGGAAGAAGAAAGGGAAUGAAGCUCAAACUCCGAAGCCACCAAUUAUGACAAUUGCCCCGAAACCACUAAUCCUACAACAUUUGCAUUUCUACUACGGUGAACGUUUAAUGUUUUGUGAUCU